AUGGUCCGCGAACUCAAGCACCACGAGAAGAAACUUCUCCGAAAAGUCGACUUCCACAACUACAAAUCCGACGGCAGCCACCGCGAACAUGCAAUCCGGCAACGCUACCUCCUCCAAGACCCAAUGGACUACCGCAAAUACAACGCCCUCUGCGGCUCCCUCCGCCAGCUCGCCCACAAGCUCUCCCAACUAGACCCGGAGACCGACCCGCUGCGCAAGAAACUCGAAUCCGAGCUCAUGGAGAAGCUAUGGCGCAUGGGAAUCCUAAAGCAAUCCCGCGAGCAGGGCGCCGGUUUAUCCAAGGUCGAGCGCGAGGUUACAGUUUCCGCUCUGUGUCGCCGUCGAUUGGCGGUUUUCAUGGUGCGCUCUGGUAUGGUUGAGACUAUCAAGGCUGCUACUACUUUCAUUGAACAGGGUCAUGUCCGUGUUGGUACGGAAGUUGUUAGUGAUCCUGCGUUCUUGGUUACUCGGAACAUGGAGGAUUUCGUUACUUGGGUGGACUCGAGUAAGAUUAAGCGCAAUAUCUUGCGGUACCGCGAGAAGCUGGAUGACUUUGAUCUGCUGUGA